AUGAGUGCAGGUGCUUCCUUCAUGGGCUCCUUCCUGGCCAGCAGCCUGGGGUCGCCGCCCUCCCACCCGCCUCACCCCUCGGGACCCGCCGCCUCCCCCUCCUCCCCCUCCUACAGGCACGGGCCUCAUUCCAGCGCCUCCCCUAUCUGGUUCCCCCAUUCGCAUGAAGGGUACCCCAGCUAUUCAGGAAGUCUUGCUUCUCCUUUCCUCCCCAUGAGUCCCCUGGAUCACCAUAGCAACAGUCUCUAUGGACAGCACCGCUUCUACGAAACUCAAAAAGAUCACUUCUACCUGAGGGGCCUUCCUCCCCAGGCGCCUCUGCUCUCCACCACCCACGGCCUCCCCCCGCUGUCCAGGACCGCCCCGGGCCCCUCGCUGGGCUCCACCGGGCGAGAGACGGACAGCGGGGGGGGCGGGAAGAGCGGCAAAGACGCGGGCGAGAAAGGGGCGGCGGCGAAGGCGAAGGAGCGCGCGAGCAGCAAGGAGCGCCACCAGGAGAGCAAAGAGAAGCUUCAUCAUCAUCAUCAUCAUCAUCCUCACCACCACCACCAAGCUUACCCCCACCCUCACCACGCCCUCCCCCCCCACCCCCCGCCACAGGGCCGGGAGGAGGACCUCAGGCACAAGGAGCAGCGGAACAGCGACUCGGCCAACCAGGAGACCCGACAGACCAGUGCCUGCAAACUGCCCGCCGCUUCGGUAGCGGAGGCCGCCCCCGCGGGCAAGGGGGGGGCACCGAGCAGCUGCAAUGGCGGCGGGGUCGGCAGAGCUCCGUCGGGCGGAGGCAGGCGGUGCUCCAGAGACGGAGCCAUAAACGGGGAGAUGAGAAUCAGCGAGUCCUCCGCUCCUUCCAGUGAAUGUAUGAGAAGAGGCGCGGCCAGCGCGGCGGCCAUCUUGGCUCCCCCCAGCCCCCACGCCGGGGCCUCCUACUCCAUGCCCCCCCCGCCUCCUCCUCCGCCGCCGCCGCCGCCUCCGCACGCUUUGCAAAUGGGCUCCACGGUGGCGGGAGGGUGGCUGCACCACGCGCACCACCACCCUCACCCCGAGUUCUACUGUCCCCCGGCCCCUCUCACCCUGACACCCUCCAAAGAACCGGCGCCCGUCCCCGGGGGGGCCGGCAGGGAGGCGAGACUAACUUACGUGCCCUCGGUCGGGCCGCUAGGAGACCCGGCCGCCGCCGAAUGUCGAGGAGCAGCAGGAGGAGGGGGGGGAGGCAGGAAGUCAGACGAUAGAAGUGGAGAAGGAUCGUAUGACCACUUCAGCCAAAUUAGUGUUUGCCAAAAGAAGGACAAAUCACAGCAGCAGCAGCUGGGAUUUGGCAAAGCGGACAAACCCCCCGACUGGAGCCAGCAGAACUUCCACAGAACCGCCUCCAGCGCGAGCCCCCGGCCCGAGCUGCGCCCCUGCAGCCUGGACAAGCCGCCGCCGCCCCUCAGAGACGUGGAGGUGGUGGACGACGUCUACGAGGCCCAGGGGACGCAGCUCGGGCCCAAGAGCGGCCCGGACGCCGGCACCCCCCCACCGAGGGACUGCUCCCGCUCGGGUCCUCCCCCCGAGGGAGGGAGGGUGGGCUCGGGGACGGCGUCGCAGCGGGAGGGACAAAAGGUGGCCAGGAUACGGCACCAGCAGCACAGCAGCCACGGGGCAAACCCGGACGAGAGGGGGAGGGACAGAGGUCACGCGGUGCCUUCCUGGGGCGGCCGAGGGGGCCACCAAGAGGACCAGAGGAAAAGCUCCCAGCAUGCACCAGUGAGAGGGCUCAGCGUCAGAGCUCCACACAGCGACCGCAACCAGCCCCCCCCUCACCCUCCGUCCCACUCCUCGUCGCUCACCGCCGAGGGCGGGGGCGGCGCCAUGAAGAGCCUAAUGAACUACAGCUCCCAGCAGCCUCUCCUGCUGCCGCAGCGGGGGCCCUUCGGCAACCUGGGGGGGCUCAAGCAGGGCGCAGAGAGAUCAGAGAAGGGGGAGCGCGGAGGAGCCAAAAGCAACCCUGCCCUGCAAGAGCCCCCCAAACAAUCGCUCCUCCCUCGCCGGGGCUCCACUAACGAGGGAGAAAGGGGGGACAGAGGCGGGAAGGAGGCCGGGGAGGCAGGUGAGGGGGAGGUGCGACAGCCUCCUGUGGGUAUUGCGGUUGCGGUAGCCAGGCCCCCCCAUCGUUCCCCAGACAACACCCCUGGACACAGCAGACAGGGCCGGCUGCUGCCCAGCAUGAAAGGGGUGUCGCGCCACGUGUACUCUCUGGGCCGCGAGGCGGAGGAGAGGAAGAGGAUGACGGAGGAACAGAUUAGCCUUCAUCACUUGGACAGAGAGAGAGAAAUGAUCAUCAGGGAAAACAAGGACCGCGUGGAGUUCGCCAGGAUCCACCCGUCUAGCAGUUGCCACGGUGACCUGACCUCUCACCUCUUGGUCCCCGGAGGGGCCAGUAGGUUAGGGGUGGACCCUUCUGCACAUGCUCACCCGGCCCACCACCACUGGAUGCAGAGGACAGGAAGUCCCUCCCUCUGGAUGGGGCAUUCGUACGGUCUGGGCCACGUGGGGAUGAGCCCCGGCUUCCCCCCCGGGCUGCCCGGCGCUCUGCAGCCCUGCCUGGGGUCGCUCACCCAAGACCCCAACUCCCCGCUGGUGGUCCUUCCUACAGAGGCCGGGCCUCAUCACCACCUCGACGUUCUGGAGCAGUCAGGUCUGUGGCCCCCUGUAUACGGAGGCAGGGGCCCCCCUUCUCAUCUGCAGCAUCACUCCGUCUACUCCCGCUCCUCAUUCCUCCGGCAGCAGGAGCUGUACGCCCUGCAGCAUCAGCAUCAGCAGCAGCAUCAUCAGCAGCAGCAGCAGCAGCGAGCAAUGGAGCACAUGCAGCGGCACACCUUAGGACAGAGAAAACACGACGAGCACGCCAUCACCAUCGAGGACGCUUCUCACGAGUCCUCCGCCUCCGGAACGCCCCCCUCUUCAUCCUCUUCUUCGUUCGGCACCUCCCCUCACACGGCCAAGCCUUUCUCCCACGCCCUGCCCUCGCCCAAGACGCCGUCCCCGGGGGCGUGCCCCGGCAGCCGCCGCUCGCCCUGCUACCACUCGCCGUCCGGGCGGCCCCACCCGCCGAACCCUCUGACCCCGGCGCCCAGCCCGGCGGCGGCCGCGCCGCGCUCCCCGGCGCUCAGCCCGGCUCCCUCGCACCUCUCCAAGGGGCUGGAGAGGAGCAACGAGAGGGGGGAGGGACAGCCGCCGCAGGACUACCCACAAUCCCUGGAGCCAGACCUGCCACCAGUCUACGCCUACCCUUCCAUCACCCCGGGCUUCAAGGCCGCUCCCUCGCCUCCGGAAGCCCGAUUGGCCGAGCCGGCCAUGGUGGAGGCGGGGCCGGCGGAGCCCGAGUCCGAGGCGCUCCCACUCUCCCUCCACGCCAGAGGAGAAGAGGAGGAGGAGGAGGAAGAGGAGGGGAGAACCGUGGAAUGCCAGGUCGGAGGCGCGGAGGAAGGGAAGGUGGAACAGUGGGGGGGGCAGAAAGGACGCGCCGAGCGCCAGUGGCAGAUUUCCGGAUCGCCGCCAUGCCCCCCCCCAACGGCGCCACCGGAUCCCGCGUGCACGGCCCUGCAAGGAGAGCUCUCCCCGGGCCAGAAGGUCAACCUGGUAGAGCCCCAGCCAUCCAAAGAGCAGGUGGACGCCGGGGCGCAUGUGGGACAGACAAUUGGGCCUGAACCCACAGAAUGUACUGUCUCGGCGUGCGAGGAGGACGUGGACAAAGACGAAGCGAAUGUAGAGGUGGUCGGGGACGAGGAGGCGAUUGGGACGAGACCGGGCGAAGGCCUGGUGGGACCGGACUGCGGACCCCCCGCUCCCUCCUGGUGCCCGGACCCCGUCGGACCUCCCGCGGCGAGCACGGCGGCGCAGCUCCAAGGGGCCUACAUGUGGAGCCUGGAGCUCCUCAUCGCCGCGGCUCUGUGCGCCACCAAAGAUGCCUUGAACCCGCCGGCCGCCGCCGCCGUCGUCCGGGCCCCGAGCCCCCCGCCACACCGCGGGAUGGAGAUCCUGGGAGAACUCGCCGAGCUGGAGCUCCAGCAGAGGAGCAGAGGGAAGGGUGAGGACACGCUGACCUUCGACCUCCACAGCCUGGCGACGCUGGCAGCCGCCCGCGCCCUGGAGGUGGGGGGAGGGGUCGUCGGCGCGGGGGCGGACCAGCAGUGUCCAAUCAGGAAGAGGCUCAACCUGCGCAGGAAGUGCAGCUGGACUCCUCGCCACGAGCCGGUGGGCCCAGUGAAGGGCUCCAUGGAGACGAUGGGAGGGGAGGAGCUGUCCAUGCGCGUCCAGCUGGCUGAGCUGCAGCGCCGAUACAAAGAGAAACAGAGAGAACUGGCCAAGCUACAGAGGAAACACGACCACCAGAAAGAGGAGACGUCUCGAAGCCCUGCCCGCCGGGGGCCCGGCCGCCCCCGCAAGCGCAGGUCCGCCCCCGGCCCAGCUGCUGCUGCUGCUGCUGCUGCCGCCGCCGCGGAGAGCUCCAAGAGAUUCAGAGCGGCGCUGAAUUCACUGGAGGAAAAAGCCCGAAAGAAUCCGGGCUUCAGCGGCCUCAGCAGCGCCCAGCUGAAGCACCGAGGCCGACCCGGCGCCCUGAGCUCCAGGCCCAAGCAGAAGGCCGGGCCCCAUCGCGGUGCCCCGCUCUGCAGGGGGGCCCCCGGCGAGGAGGGGGCCUCCAGCGGUCUCUUCAGACCGGGACGAAAAGUCCUCCAGCUGGACUGGGCGCUGAGCGCUCAGGCCGCCAAGGGGGGCCAGAAGCCCAAAGCGCCGCCACCGGCCACUGCAGCCAGCCGGGCCGGCCGCCGCCAGCACGGCCGCGCCGCCGAGAAACGCCGCGGCCGGGACGAGAGGAGCGGCAGCGAGAGCUCGGGAGAGGAGGAAGAGGAAGAGGAGGAGGAGGAAGACGAGGAGGAGGAGGAGGAGGAGGAGGAGGGCGGCUACGCCAGCGGAGGCGGCGCCGGUGACAUCAAGAUUAGCUCAUCCUCCAAAGAGGCCCCCGUGACCCCUGGUGGGAUUCUGCCUUCGCACUUCAACCAGAGAGCCCGGAGCAUGAGGAGAGCGCUCCGGAGGCCGAGCCUCGCCGACACGGAGAGAGGACGUCCCGUCCAGCAGGGGGCCAAGCGGGCGUCUCUGCCCGGCUGGGGCGCGGCGUCGCCCCCGGGCUGCAGCUUGGGGGACGUCCGGGGGAGCCACGGAUCCUCCAGAGAAGCGAACCGGGCCGGACAGAGCUCUCCGGCACCGGGGGUUCCGAGAAAGGCCAAGGGCCACGCAGUGAGCCGGCUCCUGCAGAGCUUUGCAGCUGACGACGACUUUCAGUUGGAUGAGGAAAGCAGCUUCUCUGAGGGUGAGGACGAGGAGGAGGAGGAGGAGGAAGGGGGAGAGGAGGAGGAGGAGGAGGAGAUGAAGUUGAUCCACCUUCCUCCCAACAUGCCUUGCAGAAUCCCUGCCCUGCCGAACUGCGUGCUGAGCAAAGAGAUGCUGGUGGACGGCCUGAAGAUCCUGAUCUCCAAGGAGGACGAGCUGCUGUACGCCGCCUGCGUCCAGACCCUGGACCUGCCCGACAUAUUCAGCGUCGUCAUCGAAGGAGAACGAGGGAACCGCCCCCGGAUCUACUCGCUGGAGCAGCUCCUGCAGGAAGCCGUGCUGGACGUGCGGCCCCAGAGCAAAGCCAUCCUGACCGCCGGGACGCGAGUGUGUGCGUAUUGGAGCGAGCGCUCUCGCUGUCUCUACCCCGGAUACGUCCAUCGAGGAGGUCCGGGUGAGGAGGAGAAGGAGGGCAGUGUGAUGGUGGAGUUCGAUGAUGGAGACCGGGGUAGGAUCUCGCUGGCCAACAUCCGCCUUCUGCCACCGGGGUACCAGAUCUGCUGUGCGGAACCGUCUCCGGCUCUGCUGACCUCACCUGGGCACCGCGGGAGACGAGGCUCCGCCCACGAGAGGAGAGACGCGCCGGCAGACAAAGCAGCCAAUGAGGAGGCAGCGGGGAGACGCCAAGAGAAAAGACCAGUUGGCAGGCCAAAGAAAGUCCUCUCGGCGCCCGAGGCGUCCGGCGCGCCGCCCCCAGCAGCGGACCACGUGAUCCAAGGCGGCGCCUCCUUGUCGAGCUGGUCGGCUCCCAGGAAGAGGCCGCCGGUGGACUUCUUCCUCUUCAACGGGACGUCUCGUAAGACCCAGAGGAGGGUACGGGAGCGAGACGCGGGGCUGUUCCAUCGACCCACCUCCCACCUGCUGGCGCCCCCGAUGCCCAUCAAGGGCAUCUUCGGCUCCCCCUUUGAGGGCGACUCGUUCAGCAGCAUCGCCAACAGCUACUCCACCUUCAGGAGCUGCGGGGCCGGGCGGCCGGGCGCCACGGCGGCGCCCGCGGGGGGCCGGGACUCCUCGUCCUCCGUCGCCGCGGCGACGCUGCCCGGAGGCAAGAAGCCGGCGAGCGAAUGCGACAGGAAGCAGUUCCUGGUGAAGCUCGACCACGAAGGGGUGACCUCCCCUAAAACCAAGAACGGCAAGGCCCUGCUCCGACUCGGCGCGGGCGGGGGGAAGGGAGACAAGAGCGCCGGCGCCCCCGCCGCGCCGACGGCGCCGCGGUACGUCCACCCCGGCCUGACGGGGAAGGACGGCAGGAAGGGAGGAGGGGAAAGAGACGGCGCGGGGCCCCGCCCCGAGCCCAUCGCAAGGCCCGCCCCGCCCCCGAGGAAAGACCGCCUGUCAGCGGGUCUCGGGGUCCAGGGGGGGGAUUUCACUGCCGACUACGCGAGCGACGCCCCCAGUUCCUACUCCGAGCUGGACGAGGAGGACGAGGACGACGCCCAGGACGCCGAGGCACCUCGAGGCGGUGCGGCGGGUGCCUCCCACCGCGGCGGGCGCUUUCUCUCCCGUCUUUCCGCCUGCUUCUCCUCGACUUCCUCCUCCUCCUCCUCCUCCGGCUCCAUCUCCUCCUCCUCCUCGCUCUGCUCCUCGGACAACGACUCCUCCUACUCCUCCGACGAAGAGACCUCCUCGGUGCUGCUGCGCCGCGCUCUGCUCCAGCAGGACAAGCACAAGCACAGGCAGAGCAUGACCUCCGACCCCACCGACCCCGGCUCCUCGCCGCACGGCUACGCGGCCAAAGCCGGCGCGGCCGUGUCUGGGUCAAAGGUGAGAGCCGACAGGAAGGAGUUUGUGUCCAAAGGAGGCGCGGCGGGCGGCGGCGGCGCGGCGCGGAACCAGCUGAGGAGGAAAGAGGGGGUUCCCCGGAGCCACCACGAGAGGCCGAUCAAACCGGCCUCCAAGGACCCGGCGGCAGCAGCCAAGAGGCAGCGCAUGUCCUCCCCCGAGCCGCUGCCUCACAUGGCGGCUCCUCCGCCGCCGCCCGGGCGCCAGCUCUGGAAGUGGUCCGGCAACCCCACGCAGAGGAGAGGUCUGAAGGGCAAAGCCCGCAAGCUUUUCUACAAGGCCAUCGUGAGGGGCAAGGAGGCGGUGCGCGUCGGCGACUGCGCCGUGUUCCUGUCGCCCGGCCGGCCCCAGCUGCCCUACGUGGGCCGCGUGGAGAGCCUCUGGGAGUCCUGGAGCUCCAGCAUGGUGGUCAGGGUCAAGUGGUUUUACCACCCGGAGGAGACCCGCCUGGGGAAGCGACACCGCGACGGCAAGAACGCCUUGUACCAGUCGAGCCACGAGGACGAGAACGACGUGCAGACCAUCUCCCACCGCUGCCAGGUGCUCAGCAGGGCCGAGUACGACCGCCUGGCGUGCGACCGGAAGCCCGGCGCCGGCGCCGCGGACGACCUCUUCUACCUGGCGGGGACCUACGAGCCGACCACGGGCCAUCUGAUCGGUGCGGACGGCAUGGCCAUCGUGUCCUAGCAUACCCCCCGCCCCCCCCUCCCUCCCCCCACACCCUCCCCAAGGAGGAAUAUGUCGUGCACCUGACCUCUGGAGAUGGCUUCGUCCAGGAUGGUCCCCCAGAGAGCGGGCCGGGGACAAAGAGUUCUGACCCCGGCCCGCUGGACGGUACUGGCACUUACAGGAGGCCCCGACGGAGGCCUCCCUCUGGCUGGAGCAACACGGCUCCACCACAGAACCGAGGAGGAUCCAGUCGCUCGGAUGUGCUCUGGAGGGGGGGGGGGGAGCAGAGAGUUAAACCACACUGGUUUCGGAGGGUUUCCGUGGUCUUACUGGUAGUUUGACUAUGACGAAGUGAUUGGAAGAUCCCCAACAGGACCAAAAAGCUAAAAACACUGUAGUUCGGACUGCGUGUGUGUGUGUGUGUGCGCGUGUGUGUGUGUGUGUGUGUUUGCACAGCGGCUGCGAUGUCCCUGCUGUUUGGCAUCCAAUGAGCUCUGGGUAAAUAGUGCUUUAAACAUGCGCGCGUGUUUUGCACCGCGCCGGCGUCCGUGCACGCUCGCAGACGCUCCGCCUCCCGGGGACCCGACGCGCAGCGACACAACGCGACUCCUUCCCCCGUCAAGCCAUACACGUCAAUACCUCGCCACGGCGCCAAGACACAUGUACAGGUAGUCGCAUCGUGUGCUUGAAGUGUGUGUGUGUGUGUGCGCGCUUUGUACAGCAUCAUGUUUAAUAUAACAUGUUGUAAAUAGUAUACAUAUAUAUUUGUUCUUUUUUUUGUUGCUUUAUUUUGCAGAGAAGAUUAUUUUAUUUAGAUUUUGUAGGGUGGGUUCGGCGGGGGUCUGACUUCUCUCUUAAUGCACUGAACGGGAUCCGAGGUUUGGAUUUUGGGGUCGAAAUGUACAACGGAUGUGAAGACGUUGUGAGGUGUGUGUGUGUGUAGAAAGGGUGGUGGGGAAAUGUUUUAUAAGGAAAUCAGAAAAAAGGCUCUUUUUAAACGUGUCCAGAUGUUUUCAUCUUUAUUUUUGUUUCACUGCGUUAACGUUCGAAUUUGCAUUUCCUGUUGGGAGCUUCCUUUUUUUUUUUUACAAAUACUGGAAAAGAAACUGAGUUUCUGCUUGUUGUCUGACCCCAAAAUAAUCUAGUUCUUUAUCUGUUUCCGCCUGUAUACCUAUAUGAAAUGUAGAUAUUUAUCUGGCAUCAAAAAGAAACAUACCAAAGCACCUGUGAGUUCACGCUUCACCACAUUAGAAGGAAGAAUAUUGUGAAAAACGACAUUAAAACGUUCAUCCAAUCGGAGUCCGGGCCCCCUGCAAUCACCCGAGUCCACAGUUCUUCUCGUUGUUCGUCCGGCGUUGCUAUUGGAAACGUCGCAGCAACAAUGUCUGCGCGCUGCUCAGCUGAUGCACUUGAGGUAACCGUGGCAACCGGAGUGGCAUCAUGUGACUGUGAAGGACAAUCAAAGCCAAUCAAUUGGACAAUGUGGAGGGACAAAAAAAAAGAAAAACGUGAGGAUCAAAUCACAAAUUACGCUUCUUGUCACUUUUAUUCCUGCUUUGCCAAAAAUGUAUGUUUUAUGUUUGCUUGUUUUCUUUGUUUACCAUUGUCUUACUUUUUAUGCAAGCCUCUGAUGACUGUUGUCAGUGUACAGGAUGUACAGGAUUUUCUUUUUUUAGGACAUUUUAACACUUUUUACAACGACGUUGCUGUUAUACUGCUAAGCAAAAGCUUUAAAAGGAAUCUAAUGUGAACUAAAUUUUAAAAUAUUAGUUUCAUGGGUCUUUAAUUGCUUGUUUUUCUUUAAGAAACACUGGAUUCAGUUCUAACCAUCAUGUUUUCACAUUGUUUUUU